UUUAUUUGCGUUUGCCGGUAUUGUUUAUAAACAUAACCUCUACAAUUCAUUAUUUUCCAAAUAAAUUUGAGUUCUCGCUUUGUAUUUUCACCAUUAAUUAUUCUACAACUGCCUACUUUGCCCUUCUGAAAUAAGUUACCUAGUUCGAAUGUGCGGCCGAACUGUGUUAUCUCUGAAUAAAAAUGAUUUACGUCAUGCUUGCAGUUAUAAGCCUAAAGGUUGUAAAUCGUACAAAAAGCCAGACUGGUCUGAUGAACACAAUGAUGGUAAAACUUACUCACCAUCACAUAACAUUGCUCCAACUGAUGUAACCCAAGUCUUGGUCUCAUCCAGUCAGUUUAGAUCUGAUUCCGAAAACGAAAGAAUCUUGAAGCCCAUGAUGUGGGGCAUCAUCCCACCAUGGCAUACAGGAGAUUAUAAGAAACACAACUUGAGCACUAAUAACUGUCGCUUGGAGAACAUAAAGUCUUCAAAACUGUAUGGACCAGCACUUCACAAAGGAGGAAGGUGUGUUGUGGUCAUGGAAGGGUUCUAUGAAUGGCAAACCACUGAUAAGUCUACUAAAACUAAGCAGCCAUACUACAUAUACGCUCCGCAGAAGGAUUCUACAAAGAUGGAUGAUCCAGAAACCUGGAGCACUGACUAUGAUGAAGAGACUGGAUGGAAAGGCAUCAAUUUACUAUAUGUAGCAGCUAUAUACAGUGUCUGGAAGCAUGAAGAUGUCAUAAUUUAUAGUUACUCGGUGAUCACUAUGGACUCCAACAGCACCCUGGACUGGUUGCACCACCGGAUGCCGGCUGUUCUGGAUACUCCUGAACAAAUUGAGGCUUGGCUUGAUGUUGAUAAUGUUAACCCUGACUUGGCUUUGACAUACUUAAAACCAGUAAAGAUGUUAUGUUGGCAUCCUGUGUCUACAGCUGUGAACAAUUCUCGGUAUAAAUCAGAAGAUUGCAACAAUAGGGUAACAGUAACUAAACCAAAAUCAGCUCAAAAAUCAUUAACAGCCUUCUUCACUAAAGUAGAGAAAAGAAAAUCUACAGAAACUGACAGUAAUGAAAUUAAAAGGAGAAAAAAUAAUGCCAAUUAGAGUAAAAGA